AUGACCGCUGUGGCGAGUCCCCCGACCUUUCCUCAGAUUUCCCGAACAGCAUGGGGGACAAUGAGCAGCAACAGCCUCAUGAACCCCGACGAAUUUAGACCAAUGUUCGCGCCUCGCAAGCAGCUCUCGCGGUCAAACUCGUCGUCUUCCAUCUCGUCCACCUCGUCAAGCACAACCAUUGCCACAAACGGCUCGCAGUCCAAUGGCACGCCGCUCUCUGCCGCCUCGGACCUGAGCCAAUGGUCCGGCAACACUGGCCCACGCAAGCGACCGCAACCCAGGGCCCCUUGGCCCAUCGCCAAGGCCGACAUGCAGCCAGACUUUUCGAGGCUCCCGUCCAACCGCCCAAACAGCAUGGUGGCCCAUCAGAAUCCCUUGCAACAGGGUCCGGGCCAGCCGCAGAUGGCACCGCAUGCUGGGAUGAGGCCCAUGCCCCACGAGCAGUUCUCCCCUGGCCAGCCCGUCCUCUAUCUCCUCUCGCUCAACGGCACGUUCGAGCGAAAGACAAUUGCAGUGCCCUUUGCCCCCGACAGCCUGCGGAUCGGUCGACAGACCAACCAGAAGACGGUGCCGACGCCCACUAACGGUUUCUUCGACAGCAAGGUGCUGUCCAGACAGCACGCCGAGAUCUACGCCGAACGUAACGGCAAAAUCUAUAUUCGCGACGUCAAGUCGUCCAAUGGCACCUUUGUCAACGGCACCCGCCUCUCGCAGGAGAACCGAGAGUCGGAGCCGCACGAGCUGCAGACGGCCGACCACCUCGAGCUCGGCAUCGACAUUGUCAGCGAAGAUCAAAAGACGGUCGUCCACCACAAGGUGGCGGCCAAGGUCGAGCACGCCGGCUUCUUGAGUAACACUAACAACGUCUUGGAUAUGAACUUUGGCGACCUGGACCCGGCCAACGGCACCAUGAUGGUUCCCAAUGGGCCCGUUCAUAUGCGCGGCAGGACCGGCAGUAAUGCGUCCAUGGGCAACAACGGGGGGCGCAUGAUGCCCAACGGCGGCGCCAUGGCGGCCCAGUUCAAUAGCAUGGCGCAGCAGCGGCCCUUCUUCCUGUCACCCAUCGCCACGGAUCAGAUUCUGAAACGGCUGGCGACCGAGAUGCGCAACGCUCGACUGCAAGCCCAAGACUUGAACCGAACGAACCAGUUCGUCAAUACGCUGCUGUCCAAAGACGAUGUGAAGGACCUCGAGAAGCCCGAUGUGCCAGAGCCCUCGAAACCUCAGCACGUGGUGAACGGGAGCAUCUCGUUCCGAUCCGACCACAAAGCUCGUUUCUCCGAUCCUCCUGCGCCACCUCCACAACAGCCCCUCCCCGAGAAACCCGACGUACCAUCCAUGAAGCGCGGCUCCGUCGAUCGGUCCAAGUCGGGGCCGCUGCAUCCGGGGCCGGCUCGGCAGGAUAAUGUGAACCAGAUCAUCCAGCUGACGGAAGCACUUAACAAUGCGAGGCGGGACAUGGACACGCAGUCUGCGCGCAUGCGCGAACUCGAGGCCAUGCUUCAAAAGGAGCGGGAGGCGCGAGAGCUGGCCGAGGAACUGGCCAGGCGGCUUGAGGGACCCGCAAACGCCCAGAUGAACGGCUCAGCUAAAGCAGCCACCGGGGGGUCCGUCAGUGACGCCCUCGAAGCUUUACACGAGGACGCAAAGGCCCAUGAGUCGACAGCUUCUCUUCAGUCCCGCAUCGAUACCAUGGACGAGCAUAUGCGAAACCUCCGAGAGCAGCUGGACAAGUGGAAGCAACGGUGCGAAUAUGCAGAGACGGAACGCGACGAGAGCCGGAGGACGUUGGCAGACAUGGUGGUGCAACUGAGAGCCAAGGAGGCGAAGCGAGUCUCGUCCCAGGCUCCGGGGCGCUCACGAUCAAGGAGAAGCCGUUCUCGACGGCGAGAAGUGCACGCGGAUGAGGGCGCAUCUCUCAGGCCAAGUGAUCCGGAGCACGCAUCUGGGCCAGCGCCGUCGGCUGGAGCGGUUUCCAACGAGGCCGAGGACGAUGCGAUGCUGUCAAGGGCCAACACCAUCACGCCAGCCUCUUCACGCAGAGAGAUACUGGGGCAAGGCCAACAUCUGCAGGCCGGGCUCCCGUACGCGUCUAUGCUCGGGGUGGUGCUGAUGGGAAUGGGCUUGAUGGCUUAUAUAAACGGCUGGCAGCCCCCUCCGCCGCGACUGGAAAGAUGA